GAGCCGGAUCCCCGCCUGAGCCCGAGCGCAGCCCGCACCCAGCGCAUCGGCCGAGCCGGGAGCCAGCUCAGCCUCGGCCCCGCAGCCCAAGCCUCGUACCCCGCCGCCGCCGCCCCCGGGGCAUGGCCUGUCUGAUGGCCGCUUUCUCGGUCGGCACCGCCAUGAAUGCCAGCAGUUACUCUGCAGAGAUGACGGAGCCCAAGUCGGUGUGUGUCUCGGUGGAUGAGGUGGUGUCCGGCAGCAUGGAGGCCGCUGAGACAGAUCUGCUGAAUGGGCAUCUGAAGAAAGUGGACAACAACCUCACAGAAGCCCAGCGCUUCUCCUCCUUGCCUCGGAGGGCAGCUGUGAACAUUGAAUUCAGGGACCUUUCCUACGCGGUUCCUGAAGGACCCUGGUGGAGGAAGAAAGGAUACAAGACCCUUCUGAAAGGAAUUUCUGGGAAGUUCAACAGUGGUGAGCUGGUGGCCAUUAUGGGUCCUUCCGGGGCAGGGAAAUCCACACUGAUGAACAUCCUGGCCGGAUACAGGGAAACGGGCAUGAAGGGAGCCGUCCUCAUCAACGGGCUGCCCCGGGACCUGCGCUGCUUCCGGAAGGUGUCCUGCUACAUCAUGCAAGAUGACAUGCUGCUACCACACCUCACCGUGCAGGAGGCCAUGAUGGUGUCGGCGCAUCUGAAGCUUCAGGAGAAGGAUGAAGGCAGAAGGGAGAUGGUCAAGGAGAUACUGACAGCACUGGGCCUGCUGUCUUGCGCCAACACACGAACGGGGAGCCUGUCAGGUGGCCAGCGAAAGCGCCUGGCCAUCGCCCUGGAGCUGGUGAACAACCCUCCAGUCAUGUUCUUCGAUGAGCCCACCAGCGGCCUGGACAGCGCCUCCUGCUUCCAGGUGGUCUCACUGAUGAAGGGGCUGGCUCAGGGGGGGCGCUCCAUCAUCUGUACCAUCCACCAGCCCAGCGCCAAGCUCUUCGAGCUGUUUGACCAGCUUUACGUCCUGAGUCAAGGACAAUGUGUGUACCGGGGAAAAGUCUCCAAUCUUGUGCCAUAUUUGCGGGAUUUGGGUCUGAACUGCCCAACCUACCACAACCCAGCAGAUUUUGUUAUGGAGGUUGCAUCUGGCGAGUAUGGUGAUCAGAAUGGUCGCCUGGUGAGAGCGGUUCGGGAGGGCAUGUGUGACUCCGACCAUAAGAGAGACCUUGGGGGUGAUGCCGAGGUGAACCCUUUUCUUUGGCACCGGCCCUCUGAAGAGGUAAAGCAGACAAAACGAUUAAAGGGGUUGAGAAAGGACUCCUCAUCCAUGGAAGGCUGCCACAGCUUCUCCGCCAGCUGCCUGACACAGUUCUGUAUCCUCUUCAAGAGGACCUUCCUCAGCAUCAUGAGGGACUCGGUCCUGACGCACCUGCGCAUCACCUCGCACAUCGGGAUUGGCCUCCUCAUUGGCCUGCUGUACUUGGGGAUCGGGAACGAAGCCAAGAAGGUCUUGAGUAACUCGGGCUUCCUCUUCUUCUCCAUGCUGUUCCUCAUGUUCGCGGCCCUCAUGCCCACCGUCCUGACAUUUCCUCUGGAGAUGGGAGUCUUUCUUCGGGAACACCUGAACUACUGGUACAGCCUGAAGGCCUAUUACCUAGCCAAGACCAUGGCGGACGUGCCCUUUCAGAUCAUGUUCCCGGUGGCCUACUGCAGCAUCGUAUACUGGAUGACGUCGCAGCCGUCCGACGCCGUGCGCUUCGUGCUGUUUGCCGCGCUGGGCACCAUGACUUCCCUGGUGGCGCAGUCCCUGGGCCUGCUGAUUGGAGCCGCCUCCACAUCCCUGCAGGUGGCCACCUUCGUGGGCCCGGUGACGGCCAUCCCAGUGCUCCUGUUCUCGGGGUUCUUCGUGAGCUUUGACACCAUCCCCACAUACCUGCAGUGGAUGUCCUACAUUUCCUAUGUCAGGUAUGGGUUUGAAGGGGUCAUCCUCUCCAUCUACGGCUUAGACCGAGAAGAUCUGCACUGUGACAUCGACGAGACGUGCCACUUCCAGAAGUCGGAGGCCAUCCUGAGGGAGCUGGACGUGGAAAACGCCAAGCUCUACCUGGACUUCGUCGUGCUUGGGAUUUUCUUCAUCUCACUGCGCCUCAUUGCCUAUUUUGUGCUCAGGUACAAAAUCCGGGCAGAGAGGUAAAACACCCGAAUGCCAGUAAAGAGGAAGAUUAGACACUGUGGCCGAGGGCACGGCUAGAAUCGAGGAGGCAAGCCUGUGCCCGACCAACGAUGCAGAGACUCUUCUGAUCCAACCCCUAGAACGGCGUUGGGUUGUGGGUGUUCAGCGGCUCCGCCCAGCUCGGUUGGGUCUUCACUCCCCUUUCUAGCUUUAACUAGGAAGAUGUAGGAAGGUUGGGGGUUUUUUCUUUUACAUACAGAAUUUUAAAUACCACAACUGGGGCAGAAUUUAAAACUGCAACACAGCUGGUGAUGAGAGACUUCCUCGGUCAGUCCCGUUCCUCCUUAGCACCAGGCACCCUGAGUCCUGGGUGGGGGACCACAAGCACCCUCUCAGCGGAGGGCUGUGCAGUCAGAGGCCUCGAGGCAGAGGGUCCAGGCACGGAGCGAUUCCACGUUAUGACUGUUGUUUUUCAUAGUUUCAUCUUUCUAAGGUGUGUCUCUUUUCCAACGAGAAGUCAUUUUUGGAAGCCAAAAGUUCAUACAAUGCAUUCACUUUAAGAAAUUGUACCUUUUUAGUACUUGUUGAAGAAUGAUUCAGGGUAAAUUGCGUAUUCUGUUUAGAGAGGAAAGGGGUUUAACUGAAUCACCUAGCUGGUCUCAUACACAGACAGCACUUGUGAAGGAUUGAAUGCAGGUUCCAGGCGGAGGGGAGGUGUGGACGCCAUCUACACUGAGCCAUGCAGAAUUUUUUAAAAGCUAUACAAAAAGUUGUAAGAAGACAUUGGCCUACUCUUUCAAAGUCUUUUAUUUUCCACAUGCUUCUCAUUUUAAGCAAAAUAUAUUGUUUGUUUCUUCCUAGCUUUCUGACUACCUUAAUUUUGCCUUGGUUGAUUUAAAAAAAAAAAAAAAAAACAGUUUUCCUUUCCUCCUAUAUCAUAUCAACUACCUCCGCUGAACCUGGAAGAACAGGGCUUAGGGAAAUUUCAGGUGCGACCUUUGAGGGUUGGCUCUGCAGGGGCAGCCAGCAGUGACUGAUGGGCUAAGUGCACAGGAGGGGAGGAUGGCAACGAGAUGGCAUCGGAAUCCAAGGGCUUCAGCACGCUGAGGCAUUUGAAACUUGAUCACACAAUGCAUUUAGAGCGGUGGGGAUUUCAUCUCUGGCUUUUGUGACCUCACAGCCACAUCACCACCUCAGUGUUCAGCUUGUGUAAACUUUGAAUAUUGGAAACACCUUCUUUCCUGUGACUGAAUUGCAUAAGUAAAAUCCUGCUAGGGUAGGCACAGUGCCUAUCUGGAGGUCAGGUGGCUUUGAAUCCAUAGCAAGGCUGCCUGUGCACUUGUCAGCUCUUGGAGGCAGUUUGACCUCACGCAGAGAAGUCGAUUCCAGCCAAAGAUGUCCAUCUUUCAGAAAAUGCCAUUGUUUUCUCCUUCCAGAAUAUCACUAUCGAAUCAGGACUUCCAAUUGAAAGACUAUUUUUGUGGGCAAAUCAGUGAACGUCUCUGAGCCACAUUUUUCCUCAUCUAUAAACAGUUAUGCCACAUUGUACUCAAGGCCAUUGCCAGCCCAAAGGUGGUGGGAUUCCUCGGUGAUGUCCUUGAAGCUCGUUUCCCACUUUGAAAGAACGAAAAGGGUCUGAAUUUUAUUUAUACGUGGAUUUAGUUUGUAAAUUCUUAGAGAUUCCUUUUUUACUCCUAGAUCUUUUUUAGUAAACACAAUUGAGGUAGAUAUUAAAGUGUAAUUUUAAGUGUGCUUGUUCUAUACAAAUAUGGCAUUGCCUUCCAGAUUUAGUUUUUAACCAGAGUCCAACUUAGCCUUUAUGAAAAGUCCUCGUUUAAUUUCAAAAUAGAUCUUCUUGUAAGAUGUUGUUCAUAGGGAAGACCUACAUAGGAACAGCCUGGUGAAAUACAGGAUCGGAAAAGGCCGAAAGUCCUUGCUCAUGGCUCAGAACUACAUGGAGCGAGGUCAGUGUUGAAGGCGCCCGCUCCCUCGGGGUGAGCCUUUCCCAUUGUGGAUUUGUGUUGUGGGCUCAUGGCCCUAGUAGGGGUGUGUCUGUCAGGAACCAUGCAUGGCUCACAGCCCUGCUCCAGAAGCAGCUUGGUCUUGUUUGCUGAGACCACUUGCUGUGCCUCAUCAAUUUCAGCAGGAAAGAGCGAGAUGCUUUUGGAUUUAAAAUCUGCUUUCCAAGAGCACCUGAGCCCUCUGACGGAAUUACUUUCGUAGGAGUUUGAUCAGGGUACUUCCAAGGGGGAAGAGCUUGGGAACCAUGAGCGCUGCAAGAAGGGAAUGGGUAUGUGAGAUCAAGGGGGUCUAUUUUUUGAAGGAAUGGAGCUGCCUGGCUGGAGCUCGGGGAGCUAUGGGCUAAUGCAGCACCUAACACCGAGCUCCAUCUACGCCUUGCUCACCUCAACUGGAGCAGGUAAGGAUUCUGCAGUCAGUGUCCCAGGAUGCCUUUGCUCAGCCGUCUCCUGUAGACUGGAGGAAAACCCAUAGCCAGGAAAAGAGAGGGUGUGUCUGUCCCAGGCGCAGCCAGCAUCCCUCUUCCAGGUUCAGCAGGGGUCCCCGGUUGGGCAUUUUCCUCGUGACCCUUGGCAGCAUUGGCUCAAAUGCUAUUGUUUAGCUUUCCAGAUAUUUCCCCUCUGCUUUUUGUGUUAAGGUAGUUUGGUAAAAUGCCUUACUCCAGUGACCUAAGAUAACAGCAAGCUACUCACUGAUUUACUUCCCUAACUAGCCGUGGUUAAGAGGCACAUGGUGAUGUGCUGUCUUUCACAUGUUGGAACUUAAACCCAGGCCAACUCCCCAAAUCUAAUUUGUUUCAGUAAUUGCUGAAUGUCAUGACCCAGGUAUUCUUUUCAUCUCUGAUUGAGUUUCUUCGGUUGGAAGGAAGGAUUAAACUUUGGACAAAGAUCCGCAGCACCCCAGUGGUGUAGGUGAAGAUGGGUGUUUGAGUGAAGCUGCUGGGGCCAUUCGCCUUUGUCUGCAUCCAAAGUAUUUUGUGCCUCUCUUUCUUCUCCUCUGGCUGAACAUCAACUGGAGAUUGAAUUCUCUGAAAGUCCCCAUGUGGGUGAACUGUGCAGCUGUCCCCAGGAAGGGGGGUAACUGCAAAGUUUUACACAGUCGAUGGUAGAAUUGGAUUACAUCACCUGGGGAGGUGCCUCCAGGACCAGGAAAUGGGACUUGGAGAUUUGAGGUGAAAACUCGUCAUAGAAACCCACAAACAGGCAUUCUCCCAGCCAUCCAUCGGGACAGACCACACUCAUAGGGCGGAAACCGGGCUUGGUUGGUUGAGCGAGAAGAGAAGGCGUGAGGCCUGGCACACCAAGCACCUUUCCUCAUGGCUUGUUCCAGGCGCUGGGCUGGAUGCCCUCAGAACCCCUCUGUCCCCUGCCCACUCCUCAAACCCUUACUGACCCACCCCUCUCGCCUGGUGCUGUCCCAGGCCCUGGAGGUUGGGGGGUGGGGACUCCAACGUGGGCUUGCCCUCCAUUGUGGUGGGAGGGAACCGCGUGGCCACUUGGCUUAGACCUACUCAUGGUGCAGACGUGGAACGCUGAGGUGGGGAGAGGCUUCGUGACGUCCCCAGGGCCCCAGAGUCAGGAAGGAGCAGAGUGGGAAUUACAGCCCGGUUGGACCCCAAAGUCGCUGUUUUGUUACUGCCUCCUGUUUAUGGCAUAUGAAUGUACCUGAGAUACUUUGUAAGGCAUAAAGUGCAAUACUAGCUUCAUGGCUGUUUGUUCAGUGAUUGAUUGUGUCUCCAAAUAGGUGGCUGAGAUGAGAGGGCAGCCCAAGCCUAAUGCCUGUCAAAGGCCUUGCAUCAGAGUGCCCGAGACAGGCAUCUCUCUGCAGAGAGGGGCUGUCCCCUGCCCUCGCCUGCUUCUAGCUUCCUAGUGUAAUAGUCCUGUGGACUAGCUUGGGCUUCAGAGGGGCGGGUGUGUGUGUGUGUGUGUGUGUGUGUGUGUGGUGUGUAUGCGUUUACCUACUUGCAAGCAUGUGUGCCCACAUGCACACACAUACAUGCACACACACGCACAAGCAGGUGUGCUGACUUGGCUCCAGGCAUGUGUCUGAUAGUAUUCUAUCAUGUUUCCUUCAUCUCCAUAGAAUACCAGCCUCUGAAUCCUCAAUCAGCCCUUACUGCAAGAAGAAAAAGAAAAACCUCUCUCAUUGCAGGUCUGCGCAGACAGGAAAAGUGUAGUCAAAACCCAUUAAGGCUUUAGUCAAAUGCCAGCUGAAUUAGAACGCAAUGGAAGUUAGACAAACAACCCAACUGGGCAGGCGGGGGAGGAGCAGAGUGUGUAAGUAUAAAGUUAGAGACUUCUAAGGAAUGAAGACUGCUAAUAAAAUAUUUUGUAGAAACUUUU